CGCCAUGGACGCGCAACCGCCGCUCCUCCUUAUGGCAGCAGCUGCUGCUCCUGCAGCCACAGCCGCUCCACCGCAGCCGUACCGAUACACCGCCGCUAUGCCGCACCAUUACGCCGCACCUUAUACUGGACAAACGCCGUUCGGGCAACGUGUGCCCACGGCCGCGUCGCCUAGUAACACGAAUUCGAGCAGCUCAUCGAACACGGGCAGCCAGAGCGGGACUCUCAGCACAAGCCUGAGUAACAAUUUAGGGGCCUCACAGCCACAAGAAACGCUUUCUAAGACUAAUUUGUAUAUAAGAGGACUGGCACAGAAUACCAGCGAUAAGGACCUGGUGAACCUUUGCACGCAAUAUGGCACGAUCACAUCCACAAAGGCUAUCCUGGACAAAAAUACUAAUAAAUGUAAAGGUUACGGCUUCGUGGACUUUGAGUUACCUCAAUCUGCCGAAAAUGCCGUAAAGGGCCUGCAAGCCAAAGGAAUUCAGGCGCAGAUGGCCAAAGUGGGUAUCUGGCUGCUGCCUAGAGCCACUGUACGUUGCAUGCAACAACAAGAACAAGAUCCGACCAAUCUCUACAUUGCGAAUUUGCCUGUCAACUACAAGGAGACCGAUGUCGAUAGCAUGCUUAAUAAAUAUGGACAAGUGAUAAGCACCCGAAUUCUUAGAGACACCCAAGGACAAUCCAAGGGGGUCGGAUUUGCGAGGAUGGAGAGCAAGGAGAAAUGCGAGAUGAUCAUCAGCGCCUUCAACGGAAUUCAAUUGCAAGGUGCUAAAGAUCCAUUGUUAGUCAAAUUUGCAGACGGCGGUAACAAGAAAAAGAAUAUGUAUAAAAGUCCUGAUCCAAGAAGCCAAAUGUGGAGGACAGACGUUCCUGAUGUUAGCUAUACAUCACAUCCCGAGUUUUUGUCUCAGCCAGGAAUGGCAGUAGGCUACGAACCUGCUCUGGCGCAAAAUGGUUCGGCAAUGCUUCCAUUCAACAGAUACGGCCAACCCGGCCAGGGCAAUCCAGUAGGAGCUUAUAGUCUGCCACAAUGGUUACCGCAAUACGUCAUGCAACCUGCGAUGCAAUCAAUUGAGGAGCAGUAUGUGCCAAUGCCCCAUUUGCAAUAUAAAGAGGGAGGUGUUGGAGCUCCUGGACGUGGAAUCUCCAUGGUAAUGGGACCAGAUGCCGUUGGAGGUCCGAUGCAAUAUUCAGCUGUUUUACCACAAUUAACAACUCAUGUCUCGGCUCUUCAACUUGGGACUGGCGGAUCGUACAUCAGCCCUCACCCAUUUCAGUACUACCAUCCUGGUAGCACUUCCAUUAUAAUGCCAAUUCAAGAUGCAGAAGCACCAGCCGCAUCGUCCCCGGAAGAAUCUUAUUCAUAUGUUAACCCAAAAUAAAACCUUUUUCUUCUUUAGGUAAGUCGUAUGAAAUGAAACUUAUUACUAAGUUUCUUGAAUAUACUUAAACUUCACAAAUUGAUCAAAUUCUACUCAUUUGACUGAUACAUGACUGUGUUCCUGGAGACAAAAAGCGUGAUUUUUUAGAAACUAAGAAUAUGAAUUAUUUGUGAGGUUUAAAAUGAAGAAGUGAGUAAUUCUUAAGAAAUAAAAAAUAGUCACACAAUGUUUCUGACACAAAAUCAAACAUGGUACCUAAAACAACACAUUCAUGCAACAUAUUUUU